AGGAUUUUCUCAUACGAUAUAGUAUCUCGUGCUUUUUCCAACACAAACAUGAGUUUGUGCAUUAACUGUGUGAUUGUUCAGACAUGUACUGGAAGGAUAGUUGGGCGCCUGGAUUGUCUCUCCUCUCUUUCUUCUAAUCGGGAAUCCAAUUACAGAGGAUUACAAGAUAAGAUGCCCACUGUUAUCAGGCAUCCUGCAACACAUGAGAUUUAGAAAGAGAGAGCGAGGAUGACCGCAUACGUCUGUAUUUCCCCAGAAGACAAACACGACGUCUCCGACCACUGAAACAGGUGAAUUGCGUCAGAAACCGAGCAUCAGAAACAGACUCAAUACAGUGACUCGGACACCUAGACAGUGUUCCUGUGUGACAAGUUCUCCUCAAGACUGGAGAGACUGGAGGUCAGAGAGCUUGUACCCUGGCCGUCUCCCCCAGGGUCCUUCCAUCAAGGUGGGAAGGGGGGUCAGCCGAAGCAAUCACAUGGAGGGCAGGCCUUUCUCGCCCCUCUUGCUGGCCGUACUGUUUCUGGCAACAAGUGCGAGCGAUGAUGACCACUCACUGCACACGCAUCAGGUCAGUACGGCUCAGUGUGGAGAAUACAGUAAUCAGGUCCUGGAGGAUGGCAUGUGUCGACUCAUGGCCACGCUACCCCAGCUGGACGACCAGCGCUGCCCGGACAUGUUCCGCUGUACAGAUGAAGUGUCAUACUGGCUUCAUGAGAAUGAGGAACGCAAACAGCAGAUCCUAGCCCUGCGGGAGACAGUGUCUGAACUUCAGGAGGAGCUUCGCAACCACCGUCAUCGAGUCAAAGUCUUAGAAUUACAGAGUGAAGAGAAGAACCACAAUAAUUCAUCUAUUGAGCAGCGCUUGCAUGAGCUGGAGGACCAUUACGCGGAGGCCACGACCUUGUUGCACAUCCAGGGCUCAUUGAUCUAUGACCUCCAGGCCCAGAUUCAGAACCUCUCCCUACUGGUGGAAAAAGUCAGACGUAACCCGGGCUGCAUGAUCAACAUAGUCCGCACCAGCCCAAUGCUCAGUGCACAGGAAGCCCUGCAUCCUGAGGUGCAGCAUGUCAGGAACUGCCCCAUCGACUGUGCCUCCAUCUACUAUAAUGGCGUGCGGCGCUCUGGGAUCUACACCGUGGUGCCCUCACUAGGGGCCAUGCCUGUGGAAGUCUACUGUGAUAUGGACACGGACGGUGGCGGCUGGACUGUGAUCCAGCGUAGGCAAGAUGGCUCUGUGAACUUUGACCGCAGCUGGAAAGAGUAUAAAGAGGGAUUUGGAGACCUGCACACCGAAUACUGGCUGGGAAAUGAACACAUCCAUGACCUGAGCGGUCAGGGAAACUAUACUCUCCGUAUUGACCUGGAGGACUGGAGCGGGAAACACAAGCACGCUGUUUAUCAGAGUUUCAGUGUGGAGGCCGAGAGCACUCGGUAUCGUCUGCAUGUGUCGGGCUUCAGCGGGACUGUGGAGGACUCUUUCAGCUGGUACCAUGACAAGCAGAGCUUCAGCACACCCGACACGGGCAACAUCUGUGCCGAGAUCUCCCACGCUGGCUGGUGGUACAACCAGUGUUUCUACGCAAACCUCAAUGGCAUCUACUACAAGGGCGGCCGUUACUCGCUGAAGGGGAAGAACCCUCUUGGUCCGGACGGUAUCGUGUGGUACACCUGGAAAGAUUCAGACUACUACUCUCUGAAGAAGGUCAGCAUGAUGAUCCGACCCAGAACCUUCCGACAGCAUCUGUCACCCUGAAUCAGGCCCAACCAAUGAGCUUGGGCCUGUACAGUAUGUCAACCAGCCAAUCACAGUUCUCAUAGCCACAGCGACACAGGAUGGAUGGAUUCUUCCAUGGUGAAACAGAGGAAAAUCUGUGUAUGGACUGAAUGUUUUCAAGAAGGCCGUGAAACAAGUUUUUAGGUUUAUACCAAAGACAAGACAAGGACUGAUCCGGAGACAGUGAAAACUAUCAUUGAAUGUCAGUGUCUGCCAUUCAGUGAGUCCAAAGUUUAUGCUACAUGCCUAUAUUUUCUAUACCCAUGGUUUUAAUUAAAUAUUUUGUUGACUUAUUUUAUAAAUGUGUAUUAAAAGUAGAUUUAGUUUCUGUUGCAUAUAAUAGGACCAAAGAAAAAAAACUUUAUUUUUUUCUCCAAAGCCCUAAAUAGCAACAAUAAUCCCACAGCACUUUCUUAAAUGCCUGUUUGCCACAAUUUCCUGAUAAAAAUUUAUUUGAAAUAAUCUUACAAAUUAUAUUAUAAAUGUCUUUGUCACUUUUGAUCAAAUUAAAUAUAAGCAAUUUUUAAAAAAUAUUUAGUGACCCAAUUCUUUAAAAUGCUAUUAUAUAAUUGUAUUAAAUAGAAAUCUGUAAAUAUUCAAAUAUUUAUUUGAAAUGUUGUAUGAUUAUGCAGAAUCACUGACACUAUCACAAAAACUCUGAGAAAGAAAGUCAGUUUAGUGAUUUUUUUUUCUUUUUUAAUGGUUAACUGGUUUAUAUAUAUAUAUAUAAAAUUUAAAGGGUAGUUUUUGGUCCCCUAAUUAUGGGGGAUGUAAGCCUCACAAAAAAGCCAAAAACCAAAGCCAAAAAACUCUGUAGCACAAUAAAAUUGUUUUCAUUUGUGAAAUAUGCCUGUAAUAAUAUUGUAGGUUCAUGAUGUACAGUAAUGUACUGAUAGUAAAAAAAUAUAUAGUUUAUAAAAUGCCAAAAGUGAAUAAAAUAAAAGGAAAUGCUACAACCUUUGUUGAACUAGA